UGUGUCCAGACCUGUAUUCGCAAACAGAGGCAGCGCGCUUUACCCAAAUGGACCUGGUGGAUUUUACCUGAGGAGUGGCAGAGACAGGGCGAUUUAAGCAAUUAGCAAUGUCUGUCUAUUGCAUUGCAUGGAUUUGCGGAUUGUUACUUUCCCGGUUUUUGACGAGGUAACAGUAAAGUGCAUGCAUGGAUUGCCUUUUCCUAUUGCUUUGGACUUUACAAGUCCCUCUUGUGAACAGCACAUCAGUGAGAUUGCUGGCGAGUGUGUCGUUUGGAAACUUUAUAAAGGCUCUUCAGUUCUGUUGCUUCCACUCUGUGACAUCAGCGUCAGUCUCAUUUACCGGUGACUCCGGCUGCCUCUAUCACGAUUAUGAUUUUGCUACACCAGUGGAAGUGGACUCACUCGGAGGCUACAUUUCCCACAACGUUUCAAGGCAUAGUCGGAGUAGGAGGUCCCUCUCAGAAACUGGUGGUCUUGUGCACUAUCAUGUCACUGCAUUUGGCAAGGAAUUACACCUGGAUCUACAGCCAUCCCAUGUGCUGGCAGAGGGGUUUACCAUACAAACACUGGGUGCAAAGGGGAUCAACACAGCAGCCCUUGACCCUGUCAUUCAUAACUGUCUCUACCAGGGUUCCAUACGCAACCAUUCUAAAUCUUCUGUGGCUAUAUCCACAUGCACUGGUCUGACAGGCCUGAUCCGGUUUUCCGGAGAGGAGCUUUUCAUCACUCCAUUACCGCAGCAUUUGGCUUUAAGACACAACUACAGUGCCCCCUCUGAACAUCACCCACAUGUCAUCUACAAGCGAUCAGCUGAACGCAGUGUUCAUGCCAAGAGUGACUGGACCAGCAGCUUUUCAUCAAACAGCCCCUAUGAGGACCAUCUUCAUCACCGCCACCAUGACUACCAGCAUGGGAAGCUUCAGAGACAACAUUUCUGCGGACGCCGCAAGCAAUAUACUCCCAAGCAUCCUACAGAGGAUCACUUUGUCAUGCUUGAUGAGUUUGAACAGCAAAACCGGGUGAAACGUUCACAGAUUACAUCUAACAAAGAGGGGGGCCUGAAUGUGGAAACUCUGGUGGUGGCAGACAGGAAGAUGCUGGAGAAACACGGCAGAGAAAACAUCACUACCUAUGUCCUUACUGUCAUGAACAUGGUCUCCAGUCUUUUUAAAGAUGGAACUAUUGGAACCGAUAUCAACAUUGUUGUGGUCAGCCUCCUUCUACUUGAGAAAGAUCCGUUGGGCCUGUCUAUCAAUCACCAUGCAGACCAAUCGCUCAACAGCUUCUGCCAGUGGCAAUCAGGCCUGAUAGGUAAAAAUGGCAAGCGCCACGAUCAUGCUAUACUGUUGACGGGGCUGGACAUCUGCUCCUGGAAGAAUGAACCGUGUGACACCUUGGGUUUUGCUCCAAUUAGUGGGAUGUGUAGCAAAUACCGUAGCUGCACAAUUAAUGAAGACACAGGGCUGGGCCUCGCUUUCACCAUCGCUCACGAGUCAGGACACAAUUUUGGAAUGAUCCAUGAUGGAGAGGGGAAUCCCUGUCGAAAGACCGAAGGGAACAUAAUGUCUCCCACACUGGCCGGCAAUAAUGGUGUUUUCUCCUGGUCUGCCUGUAGUCGGCAAUACCUCAACCGAUUUUUGGGUACAGCUCAGGCUUCAUGUUUAGUGGAUGAGCCCAAACAGAUUGGCCAGUACAAGUACCCUGAGCAGCUUCCUGGUCAGCUGUAUGAUGCCGAUAUACAGUGCAAAUGGCAGUUUGGGUCCAAGGCCAAACUCUGCAGCCUGGACUUUGUAAAGGACAUCUGUAAAUCAUUGUGGUGCCACAGGACAGGGCACCGGUGUGAGACCAAGUUCAUGCCUGCUGCCGAGGGCACCAUCUGUGGACCAGACAUGUGGUGCCGGAGAGGACAGUGUGUAAAGUUUGGUGAUAAUGGACCUAGAGCCGUGCAUGGCCAGUGGUCUGGCUGGUCAGAAUGGUCUGACUGUUCGCGGACCUGUGGUGGAGGGGUCAUGCAUCUAGAGCGAUCCUGCAACAGCCCAAGCCCACAGCACAAUGGCAAGUUCUGCCAAGGCCCCAGUCGACUGCACCAGCUGUGUAACACCAAGCCGUGCCAGCCCAAUGGAGUGGACUUCCGAGCUCAGCAGUGCGCAGAGUACAACAGCAAACCCUUCAGGGGAUGGUACUACAAAUGGAAGCCAUACACCAAAGUGGAAGAAGAGGACAUCUGCAAGCUGUAUUGCAUUGCUGAGGACUUUGAUUUUUUCUUCGCUAUGUCCAGCAAAGUCAAAGAUGGGACGUCUUGCUCUGAUUUCAAAGGAGGCGUGUGCAUCAAUGGGAUAUGUGAGCCGGUGGGCUGUGACCAGGUGUUAGGUUCAAAGGCCACUCUGGAUGCCUGUGGGGUGUGUAAAGGAGACAACUCUACUUGCAAAUUCUACACUGGCCAGUACACCCUCCAGCACAGAGUCAAUGAGUAUUACCCUGUUGUUAUGGUUCCUGCUGGAGCAAGGAGCAUCAGGGUACAGGAAAUGGAGAUCUCCACCAGUUACCUGGCUGUCCACAGUCUGAAGCAUGGCACCUACUACUUGACAGGAGAUUGGACAGUGGACUGGCCGGGCAAGUUCCAGUUCGCUGGCACCACCUUCAACUAUCAGCGCUCUUUCAAUCGGCCUGAGAGUCUGUAUGCUGCCGGUCCAACUAAUGAGACCCUGCUCUUUGAAAUUCUUCUUCAGGGCAAGAAUCCUGGUGUAUCAUGGGAAUAUACUCUACCGUAUCCAGAGAAAAAGCACAACUACACCUGGUCUGUGGUGCGUUCUGACUGUUCGGCGCCUUGUGCUGGGGGUCGGGUCUCAACAAAGGCCAUUUGUCUGCAGGAUCAGCAAACACAGGUCAACUCUUCACUGUGCAACCCCCAGACCAGACCUGUGGUGGGCUCCCACCUGUGUAACACACAGCCCUGCCCUGCCUACUGGACGACAGGUAAAUGGGGAGUGUGCAGUAGAACAUGUGGAGGUGGGCAGCAGACACGAAACAUCCGCUGCAUGAGGAAAGUGACGUACCAGCGUGAUGAGGUGGCGGCUCACUCCUUAUGUCCGGUAAUCGCUCCGGCCCAGCUCCAGCCCUGCAACACUCAGCCAUGUCCUCCAGAGUGGAGCACUGGCUCCUGGUCACAGUGCUCUAAGACCUGUGGGCGUGGGCUGAAGAAGCGCAGUGUUUUCUGCAGGAGCACUGAUCCAGGUGCCAUGGCUGUAGUGGUGCCGGACAGCAUGUGUAAAUUACACCUGAAGCCCAAAGACCAGGAGACCUGUGUGCUCAGCCGCUGCCCCAAGAAUGAGCAUCUUCAGUGGAGAGCUAGUGCCUGGGGAGAGUGUUCGACAUCCUGUGGGGCAGGAGUAAGGAGAAGGGAGCUGCGCUGUGGGGAGAAAGACUCCCAAGGAGGCUAUACAGAAUUCCCCAUGAGGAGGUGCAGGAACCUACGCAAACCCCAAACAGACCUUGAACAAGCUUGUAAUAACAGCCCAUGCCCAGAGCCCACACUGCAGCUUCUCCAGCCCAGCUCAGACAAGAGCGGUUCCUCUGUGACCCUGGGCUGGUACUCAUCUCCUUGGCAGCAGUGCACGGUAUCCUGUGGUGGUGGGGUGCAGACACGUAGUGUUCAGUGUUUGAGUCAAGGGCGUCCAUCAGUAGGCUGUUUACCUCAUCAGAAACCCAUAAGCUCACAAGCCUGCAAUACACACUUCUGUCCUGCUCCAGCCCCAGUCCCUCCUCUUUCACCCACACUUAAAGAAGACCAGCCUUGCAUCGACUUCUUCAGCUGGUGUCAUCUGGUGCCUCAGCAUGGUGUUUGCAAUCACAAAUUCUAUGGUCAACAAUGCUGCAAGUCCUGUUCCACGAAAAGACAAUGAAGCAGAAGAUCUUCACUUCCCAUAAGCCUCCUGACUGACACUGAGGUUUGUACUUAUGAUAAAGAUGACCACUAUGGACAAAAUAGAUUUUUUGCGAGACGUGGCAAAGAAAGCUGUUCAACAGGACCGUGUCCCUAGACUGAUGAGAUGUUAAAAAUUAUGAGAGACUGGCAUCAGAAGAACCCGCAUUCUGUAAACUGGAAAGCUACAUCUGAUUCUGGAUUCAUCAGUGGCAUAUCAUAAGUGGAACUGCACAAUAUUCAUAUUGUAAAUAUAUUUUUGCUCUCUCUUUUUUUUUUUCUUUUUUUUUUUUUCAGAUGCAACUAUCAGUCUAAGCCAUUAAGAGCAUUCCAUGACUUUGUCACCAGUUCAUUUAUGUGUGUUUCUUAGAAGAGUGCCAGAUUAACAUUGGAGUAACUCUGGUUCAUGUUUCAAGUGUAACUGUUCACAUCUGAAGUACUAUAGAAUUUGUGUUUUCUCUUUGAGCGCCUGACAAACCCAUGAAACUGUAUGUUUACCCAUAGAUCUAGACAUUUGUGAGAGCAUAAAACUGAAACACCAUAUCCUCAACUUGUAAUCAGUAAAAAGGAUAGUUCACACAAAAAUGAAAAUUAUGUCAUAAUUUACUCAACCUCAUGUUGUUCCAAACUCAUAUGACUUUAUUUCUUCUGUGUAAUAUUCUUAAAUGUAGAAUAUUAGCCUCGACCACUAUUCACUUUCUUAGCAUAUUUUUUUUCCAUUUAAUGAAAGUGAAUGGUAACUGAGACUAAUAUUCUGCCUAAUAUCUCCAUUUGUGUUUCACAGAAGAAAGUAGAUCGUACAAAUCUGGAACAACAUGAGAGUGAGUAAAUGACAGAAUUUUUGGUGAACAAUUAUUAUAAUCUAAUACUACCAUGACUAAAUCAGUGAAUCUGUGUUUUUGGUGCAAUAAUAAGUGCAGAGCACAUUCUCAUUCCAUACUGAUCAUUGGUGUGACCUUGUGUUUCUCUCAAGACCACUUACUAGACCACACCAUCUUACAUAUUUAGAGCUGUCUUCAGUAUAAAAACAACUGUUCUUGUAUGUUUACAAACCAUGGUGUUCUGUCGCCAUUGGCUGAAAAAAUUCACUAGUAAAGCGAGCAUCGUUUCCACAUCUCCACCAGACUACUGAUUUUAACAGACAUUAACAUGCUCAUUUUAUCUCAGUUGAACUUGUCCAACCUGGUAUACUCUAUUGAAAGUUGCGUCACUACCCCAUCUGAUCAUCACAGAGGACUAAAACAGACAAAAUGGAUUUAUUAUUAAUAAAAAUCAGGGUUCUGCUGAAAUAUAUAGUGGAGCCAUUGGAGGAGGAACCAUGUUUGUGUGUGUGUGAGUGCCUGUAUGUGUUCGCGUAUAUGUGUGUAAAUUUGUGUGCAGUUCAUGCAGUGCUUUCUCCCACGUGGUGCGCGAGAUGGCUGAGCUCGUCCCAGAUGUGUGUCAGAAGGAGUCAUGUAGGUUGCUCUCACUCACUUUGGGGGUACCAAUUUGUGUGCAGAAGUGAAUGUCAUGCUUUGGAUGAGGAGCAGCUAACAAACCCAAACAUCUCAGGACUUGGGACCUCAUCUCAGUUUACUUUGUUAGUGCUCUCUGUCUCGUACUUUCACUCUAUCUUUUUCUCCCUUUUUCCCUCUGCUGUUUUGUACGUGCCCAGGGUGUGUGCUUGGCAGAAAAGUAGAGCUACACCUACUGAUGCUUUAUGUUUGUAAGCUUUGCACAGGGCUCAGGUAGGCUGGGUCAGAGCCCUUCUCAGACUAGGAGUGCUCUAAUAUUAAACAUUUGUGCAGGUGGCACAUGAAUACCUGGGCACUGAGAUCGACCAUCGCCUGUCCUUCACACAGCAUGCAGGAUGGGGUCUACAAAAAGGCCCAACAGUGCAUGUUUCUCCUGAGGAGGCUGAAAGGUUUGAAUGUUAGACGGGAUAUUUUAACAGUAGUAUACCGGUCACUCAUCAUCAAAUCAGUCCUCACAUUCAAUAUUACAUCCUGGUAUAACUUUCUUACAGUGAAAAGUAAGGAAAAACUCACAAGAAUCAUCAAGCAGGCAACCAAAAUUACUGGCACCACUCAAACCCAACUUUCAAACCUUCACAGUCAUGCAGUAAAAAGAAAGGCAGACACAAUCACUACGGACCCUUCACAUCUUCACAUCCCCUUCAUCAUUCCUUUCAGCCACUACCAUCAGGCAGCCAUUUCAGAGAGCCUCUGGCCAAAAAGAGACUUUACAAAAACUCUUUCAUUCCCACUGCAAUAUCCAUUUUAAAUAAGGCCAAAUAGACUGUCACUAUUUUUCUUUAUGCAGACUUGCACACUUGCUCUUAUUUAUUUAUGGAAUUGUUUGAGUUUUAAUGUAAUUUUAUGUGAGUCUUUCAUGGGUGUAUGUUUGGAUAUUGUUUGUGAGCCCCUAACCCAAGACAAUUUUCUAUCAUCAUGUGAUAGACAAUAAAGUUUUUUUUAAUAGAUUUGAAGUAUAGCACCAGUUCUAACACUGUCCUUGUUUCAUUCCACACACUUCAUUACCAAUCCGGAUCCCUUAGAGGGCUAUUUGCAUAAAAUAAUGAGUGCAAAAGGUCACUUUUAAAAGUAGAUGUUGCACUGCAGGGUGCUCUAGCCUUCUUUUACCUGUAACAUUUUAAAGAGUACUUUAGAGUUUAUUUCUAGUUGUAUAACUUUGUUCAAACCUCUGGAUCUCCACAAAUGAACUCUUGGUCUCCUAUAUUACCUUUGUUCCAUACUCAAGUAUGAAAGUGUUCCUAAUCAUAAAAAAAAAAAAAAAAAAAAAAAAAACAUUGUUUAGCCUUGACUGUAUACUGUAUAUGUUGUACAAAUGCAUCAUUUUUCAAUGUUUUCCAUCACUGUCUGAAUUGAUAAAGUGUGUUAUUUAUUACUAUAUGUCACAAUAGUUCCUGGGCUAGAGUUUUGCUUUGAGGGGAGCUGCCUGUAUAAUAGCACACUAUAAGUGUAAUAUUUAAUAUUUUCACUGAAAGUUUUUAAAUAAAAAAGUAUUUGA